AUGAGGGGCAACGAGCAAGAAGCGCGGCUCAUCAGGGUCACGCUAGGGGGGAGACAGAAGGGGGCGGACGUGAUAAACUUCGACGGCCAGGGUGUGAUCUCAUAUCGUUUUAAAAUGAAGAAGAUGAAGAUCUUGAAGGAUGUCAUCACCUUGAAGUUUAAGACCUCGGAGAGUGAGGGGGUGAUCCUGCAUGGGGAGGGACAGCAGGGCGACUACAUCACCCUGGAGCUGAAGAAAGCUAGACUGGUUCUGCAGAUAAACCUAGGCAGCAAUCAAUAUGGCUCCAUACUGGGGCACACAUCAGUGACCACUGGAAGCUUACUGGAUGACCACCACUGGCACUCGGUGCUCAUCGAACGCUACAGGCGGAAUGUCAACUUCACCCUGGACCAACACACGCAGCACUUCCGCACCAACGGAGAGUUUGACUACCUUGACCUGGACUACGAGCUGAGCUUUGGUGGCAUGCCGUCCUCCGGAAAACCGAGCACGGGGAGCAGGAAAAACUUCCGGGGCUGCAUGGAGAGCAUCAGCUACAAUGGCGAAAACAUCACUGACUUGGCAAGAAGGAAGAAGCUAGACACUUCGAGUUUUCGUAACCUGAGCUUCUCCUGCAUCGAGUCCCACACGUCACCGGUGUUCUUCAAUGCCACCAGCUACCUGCAGCUCCCAGGGAGAAGGGGCCACGACACGGUGUCUGUCAGCUUCCAGUUCCGCACCUGGAACCCCAGCGGGCUGCUGCUGUUUGGCAUACUGGCCGACGGUGCUGUGGAAAUGGGCCUGAAAGAGGGCAGAGUCAGCGUCGGCAUCAACGUCACGAGCGGGAAGAGCACGCGCAUCGACAUAUCAGCAGGGUCAGGACUGCACGAUGGACAAUGGCAUGAUGUUAGCUUCCUGGCCAAGGAGAACUUUGCCAUGUUGACAAUUGACGGUGACGAGGCUUCAGCGGUGAGGACCAACACCGCCAUUCAGAUCAAGACCGGAGGCUCCUACUACUUUGGAGGUUACUUCCAGCGGACCAGCUUGCCUCCAGCUCAGCGCUCCUUCCAGGGCUGCAUGCAGCUGGUGCACGUGGAUGACCAGCUGGCCGACCUGCAUGCGGUCGAACAAGGCAGGCUGGGAGCAUUCGAGAAUGUCAGCCUGGACAUGUGCGCCAUCAUCGACAGGUGCAUGCCAAACCACUGUGAGCAUGGGGGCAGGUGUACGCAAAGCUGGGACAGUUUCCGCUGUAGCUGUGAUGGAACGGGGUACUUCGGAGCCACCUGCCAUACCUCAAUCUAUGAGCAGUCAUGUGAGGCAUACAAGCACCUGGGUAAGACUUCAGAUACCUACUGGAUUGAUCCUGACGGAAGUGGGCCCCUCAGUCCCUUCAGAGUAAACUGCAACAUGACAGAGGACAAGGUGUGGACGACAGUGACAAACAGUCUGCCCCCGCAGACGUCUGUGACGGGCUCGAGUCGGGAGAGGCGCACCGUCCUGCAGCUGAACUACAGUGCCUCCAUGGAGCAGGUCUCCGCCAUUACCGGCAGCGCUGAGUACUGCGAGCAGCAUGUGGGAUACAGCUGCCGCAUGUCACGCCUGCUCAACACCCCAGAGGGAACGCCGUACACAUGGUGGGUGGGGAAAGGCAAUGAGAAGCACUUCUACUGGGGUGGCUCGGGGCCUGGCAUCCAGAAGUGUGUCUGCGGGAUCGAGCGCAACUGCACCGACCCCAAGUACUUCUGCAACUGCGACGCAGACCAGAAGCAGUGGAGAGAAGAUUCUGGACUCCUGGUGUAUAAAGAGCAUUUACCAGUCAACCAGGUGGCUAUCGGAGAUACAAACCGACCAGGCUCUGAGGCAAAGCUAACCGUGGGUCCUUUACGUUGUCAAGGAGACAGCAGUUACUGGAAUGCAGCGUCGUUCAACACUCCAUCCUCCUACCUACACUUCUCCACCUUCCAAGGAGAGACCAGUGCUGACAUCUCAUUCUACUUCAAAACCUCUGCUCCAUACGGUGUCUUCUUGGAGAACCUGGGCAACACCGAUUUCAUCCGUCUUGAGCUGAAGUCCCGUAAUAUGGUGUCCUUCUCCUUCGAUGUGGGCAAUGGGCCGGUGGAGCUGAAUGUCCAGUCGCCCACCCUCCUCAAUGAUGACCAGUGGCACCGGGUCAGUGCCGAGCGUAAUGUGAAGGAGGCCGUGUUGCAGCUGGACCAGCAGUACAGGGAGGUGCGUCUGGCACCUCCUCAGGGACACACCCGUCUGGAGCUCUACAGCCAGCUGUACGUGGGUGCCGCCGGCGGUCAGCGCGGCUUCCUCGGUUGCAUCCGCUCGCUGAAGAUGAACGGCGUGACGCUCGACCUGGAGGAGAGGGCCAGGGUCACGCCCGGGGUGAAACCCGGCUGCUCCGGCCACUGCACCAGCUACGGGAUCUACUGCCAGAACGGCGGCAAGUGCGUGGAGAAGUACAACGGCUACGCAUGCGACUGCACCGUCACGGCCUACGAUGGGCCCUUCUGCUCUAAAGAUAUUGGCGGUUUCUUCGAGGCGGGAACCCUAAUCAAGUAUAGUUUGGACUCUGACACCGCUGCCGCGUCCCAGGACCCGACGGGUCUAUCUCAGAAUGUGGCUACAGAGACCAACUGGACAGGGGAGGAUCUCGCCUUCAGCUUCAGCACUUCCAGUGCCCCCAGCAUACUCGUCUACAUCAGCUCCAGGUCGCAGGACUACUUGGCCGUGGUGCUGCGUCACAACGGGACUCUUGAGAUCCGUUACAACUUGGGCAGCCUGAGGGAGCCGUUCACCAUCGAUGUGGAUCAGCGCAACCUAGCCAACGGGCAGCCGCACACCGUCAACAUCUCGAGGGUGGGGAGAAGCAUCCAGCUGCAGGUGGACCACUACCCUCCAGUCAGCUACAGCCUCCCCGACACGUCAGACACGCAGUUUAACCUCGCCAAGACUCUCUUCCUCGGCAAAGUUUUCGAAACCGGACACAUCGACCCUGUUCUCAUCGAGAGGUACAACACGCCAGGCUUUGUGGGCUGUUUUUCACGGGUGCAGUUCAACGGCAUCGCCCCCCUGAAGGCCGCUCUGAGGUCGCAAAUUGCCGCCCCCGUCUCCGUUCAAGGGAAGCUGGUGGAAUCUAACUGUGGGGCCUCCCCUCUCACCAUCCCACCAAUGUCUGCCGCCACGGACCCCUGGCGCCUGGACUCAGCUGGUGCCGACUUCCCAUUCAAUGAGGAGCGGGUUAUACCCGAUGGAGUGAACAGGAAUUCUGCAAUAAUUGGAGGUGUCAUCGCCGUGGUGAUCUUCACAAUCCUCUGCACGCUGGUGUUCCUGAUCCGCUACAUGUUCCGUCACAAAGGCACCUACCACACCAACGAGGCCAAGGGGGCAGAGACCGCGGACAACGGCGAUGCCGCCAUCAUAGGCCAUGAUCCUACUUUCACGGAGACCAUAGACGAGAGCAAGAAGGAGUGGUUCAUCUAACAGGACAAUGCGAGAGAGAGAGAGAGAGAGAGAGAGAAGGACGUGUGCAUAGGCUGGGGGGGGGCGGAGGUGGGCUUCAAAAACUCUGCACACUUUCCAAUAAGCUUCUGAAGACUGGGACGAGCAGAAAAUUUGAGGAAUGCUGAGUUUUCCCUGUUGAGUGACUUUUGUAUUGUGGCCGGCCUAUCUUUAAUGUUGCGGCAUGUUUUGGAGUCUGAGGUGUCAUAUCAGUAUUCGUGUCACAUUGUAAGCACAUCCAGUCACCACCAGACGGAUCUGCAGUGCUCUAUUAUUCAUUUCACACCUAGGCAUCUUAGAUAUACAUCGCACAUUUGAUUUUCUUCCAGAAGCUUCUGAGUGAGUUUUCAGUACAGAGAACAGUAUAGUAGGAGGUUUUCCAGCAGGGAGAUGCUGAAUAUUUUUGUUUUGCAAAUGAUACAUGUGGAAAAUAGAGAUUUAUAGCACAUACAGGACUAAAAUGUAUUCGUAUAGAUAUUGGUCAGUUCUGAAAGGUAAAUAUGGUCGCUUGGUUCAAGGUGGCGUUGAACUGUCAUUAGGCUCAUCCAGCAAACAUCACUGAUUCUGUCUUUGGAGAACAUUCCUGUUUCUAUAGAUGGUGCACUUUUUAUUUGCCAAAAAUAGUUUUUUAAGAUUUUUUUUUUUAUGUGAAACUGUCGUUUUUUUUAGAUUUUUUGGGAGGUUUACAUAACUAGAGAAACUGUGUGCCAAGUUCCACAGUCACACGUGAACCAAGAAAUUGGACAAGUCCAGUACCCUGCUUUGGAAUUCAGCCACUUAGACCUGUCUGUGGCUUUACACCAUACAAGCGUAAGGGGUUCAGAGAAGUGAAACACAAAAAGGGUGCAGGGUUUAUAUAGGACAUUUAUGCGAAGGAGUGUUUUUUGUAUUGUCUGUUUAUAUUUACUUUACACAUUUGCGUUAUGCUCAGUUUCAUUGUGUCUGUGGACCAUCUGCAUGAAUUUUACCACCCUAGUGAUUCCUCUUGUUUUUGGACAAAUGCGUGGCUCCAUAUCUGAAAAUCUAUAUCUCCUUGAAUUUGUUCUGACGAUAAGAAUGUUGCGGACAAAGCUGGUGUAAUAUAUCUCCGUAUGUAGCAGACGCUGCACAAGUGACUGGAGAGCAAUUACGCUUAGGGGCCUUACAUUGUUUUGAUUUUAUUCCAUCAUCUAAAUUAACCGUCUAAGAAGUACGUGAAAUAUUUGCCAUUCUAAUGUUCCAGUUCCAGAAUUUACCAAAAAUUUGAGUAAAAUGUGGAUAUUAGUCAGCA